ACCUCAGGAUCCAUGCCGCGAGUUUACAUCGACCCUUUACGCCAGGAAUCGCGACGAUUGGUAUCGGCUGCGCUGGCUGGUCGGGGUGGUGUUCUGGACUUCGCUGUCACGCUCCUACAGCUAGUUGAAACAGCUGUCAUCCAUGUUCACGAAUGGAAAACCCGAGGGAAGACGGAGGGGCACUCAAAGGGUUGGGAUAUUAGCAACGCUUCCGAACAGGACAUUUUCGAUAAUCCGCUCGGUCUUGACCUCGACACCGUCGACGAUUCUGCCUUCCACUUACUUGGCAAGACUGUAAAGCAACUUUGCGAAUCUUUCGAGGAUGAUGAGUUCCGAGUCCUUCAUGUCGAAAAUGUCCUGAGGAAUGAUCUUUUGAAAGGGUUUAGAAAGAAACAAGGCCGGAUGCUAAAGCAGUUGAUGCAGUGCCCCUACUGCCCCUACAAGCAGAUGCGUGAAUGUGUCGCGCAUGAAACCAUUCCGUACGGCUCAUCAAUGGACAAUCGUGAUGACCUCGCUCGAGACCUAUGCCGACCUCGACCUACCUUCCAUGGCACAAAUCGCUGGGAUGUCUCCUCUAUUGUCCGAUGGGGGUUUGUCCUUCCUGGUCAAAAAGCGGGAAAUCGCACUGUUGGCAUCGCAUUCGGAAGUUCGUUUGGAAGGGGUAUUUACACCUCGCCCGACGCUGAAUAUGCAUUGAUGUAUUCAGAAUGGUCCGAGGAGUGCAACGCAUGGGGGAAGAUAAGACCAGCAUACUUGCCUGGCAUCCGUUUGAUCAUCUGUGCAGUCUUGAUGGGCCGACCGCUCCAAGUCACACGCGAGGCGACUCGGCGGACUAUGGAGAUUGCAGACCAAACAGCAAAUUCUCACGUCUCGCCAAACAAGUACGAAUACGUUGUCUUCGACCCCGCUCAGAUUAUCCCCUGCUACGUCGUCCAUCUUGACUUUGGUCUUGAGGCCGCUCGCGAAUGGUUGAAGUGGGCUCCUGCAAACAAAGACACUUACAGAAAAAGAAAACGCCGCCGAAAGGAGUCUCUCUUGAAGCGGGAUAUGUUACCCGGAGAAGUAGAAGCGUUGAAGCAAGCCAAAAAGGCAGCCGCCUCAAAGUGGUUCCCAUAUGGUUACGGCCCUGCAACCGGAACCUCUUUUGUCAUUGAAGAGAUUGGUGCAGUAUCAGACGAUGAAGAGAGUUAUGGCGAGUAUCAA